ACUCAUAUGUAUCCACACCGUAGCCAGGACAAUCUAUCCACCCAUCCAAUUCCAAAUUCCACCCAUGGCUACCUCGCUUUCUCUCCCUAACUUCGUCUCCUUCCUCUCCCCCUCAAACCCACCUCCAAACACCCGAUCACAACUCUCCUUUUCAUCUACAUUAGCUCAAUCUUUAUCCCAAAAGUUCAAAGAUAAGUUUACUCCACUGGUAGUCCAAGAGGGUCAAUCUGGUCCUUUAUCUCCUGAAUUGUCAUCGGUGAUCUGGCCUUCUGUUGCAUAUGCGAAUACCCUUUUCUUUAAAUCGGCGUAUAAUGUGCAGGUGAUUGUGGAAAGGGAUGACAGUGAAGAGAGGCUGUUAAAUAAGUUUAGAAGAGAGGUCAUGAGGGCUGGUAUUAUUCAAGAGUGUAGGAGGAGGAGGUAUUUUGAGAACAAGCAGGAUGAGAAGAAACGCAAGACUCGUGAAGCUGCUAAGCGAAAUAAGAAAAGGCGGCCCAUGAUGAGAUCGCAAACAGAAAACAAGCAGGAAACGUCCACAAGCAAGAAGGUUGAUGAUGAUGAAGAUAACUGGGAAAUGCCUGAAGGAGAACUUCCUUAUUGAACAUUUACCGUUGCUUAUUAACUGUAGAAUUUAACAUUCGAUUGUGGAAGGCUUGUCUUUUCCAACAAAACUGCCGCAAGUAAAUCAUUUUCUUUGACUAUCUCUGUGCAUUCCAUUUUUUUACCUUUUGUAUCUAAGGUAAAUCACAUCUCAUUCUUGUAUCAAUUUGAGGUUACUUUGUCAUAUUGGUGCUGAAUCAUUUCUCAGACAGCAAUAUACUUCUGAAACAGGUAACUUUGUAUGAAGGAACAUAUUUGUGCAAUUAAAUUUACAGAAGUUGCUUUGUUCUAGUAGAA